CCGUGCCCUCAUCCCCGGCUGCGAUGCACCUACGUCACAUACAUGUUAUCGCGUCAUGUCACCAGCAGCCAAUGAGAGGCAUCCAUCGCGUAUAUGUCGUGAUCGGCAGCCAAUGGUGUAGCGGCUCGUCAUCCCUGCGCGCACCAAUGAAGACAGAGAAUGACACUCACAUUUUCGAUCUCUCACCGAACUACCACGUAGCUUAUACGUACUUAUUUUUUGCUCCUUUUAUAUAACGUUAAUUGAUUCAAAAACCAUGUAGAAAAAUUCCGAAUUAUAUAAUUAAUUCGAAGAACCCGCUGCCUUCGUCAUUUCUACAACCUGCCAUCCACAUCAGCGCAAAUCCUGGCCAUCAGCCCCAACGUAUGUCUAUACGCGCAGACAUAAAUUUUGAUCCAUCGAGACCGGAUAUCAACCAGCCUUGGAUACACGGAUUGGAUGUGAGAACGCAUCGGCAGAGUGCUGUAACGACCUGAGUCAUCGGCAGCGGUGAAGAUCUUCGUGCUUGUGCUUUCGUUGUGACCCUAUCGCACGUCGUCGAGUCGACCUUCGCAAAAGUCUGCAAGCAGCCCGCAUCAGCUUUACCGCUAGCUGCCUUGCUGUGCUCGACCGUGGUGGUGAUUGCAACUGUGAGUACUUGGCGCCUGCCUUUAUUCGAUUCGCGGAAUGACUGGCAAAGAUGAUCUUGUGUUUCACGCCGCGUUAGGUCCUAAUCAAGAAACGGACUUGGAAAAGAUAAAACAUUUAAGCCGUAGGCGAGGUUCCGUAAAAUGUAGGCUAACUAAUUUCAAAAAGUUUGUCAAAACGUUUGAGGGUUUAAUUUUGUCCGAUACCCAGCGCACAGAGCUUAAUUUACGCAUGCAGGGAGCUCGGGGUAUUUUCGAUGAUUUUACUGAAAUUAAUAAUCAGCUAGAAAUUUUAAUUCCCGAUAGCGAAAUGGACUCACUUUUUCAAGCCAGAGAGGCAUUCGAAAGCGAAUAUUACGCGAUUUUGGCCGAAACUCAAUGUAUGGUGAAAUGCUCGGAGAAAGCUAACGAACCUAAAGUGCAAGCUUCGAAUAAUUUAGCCCAAACAGUUCGGCUCCCCGUCAUUUCUUUGCCAACUUUCGACGGAUCUUAUGAACACUGGUUACAAUUCCGUGACACAUUUGCGUCCUUAGUGCAUAACUCGCAAGAAAUAACCAGCAUUCAAAAGUUCCAUUAUUUAAAGUCAUCGCUAAAGGGUAAUGCGCUUCUUGUUAUCGAUUCACUUGAGUUUUCGGCAGAUAAUUACACGAUUGCUUGGGAAUUGCUAUUGAACCGGUAUGACAAUAGUAGAUUGCUAGUACACAAUCACGUAAAGGCCUUAUUUUCUAUACAAUCGCUUAACAAAGAAUCGCCGGCACUGUUAAGAAAGUUAUUAGAUACAGUUUUAAAGAAUUUACGCGCUUUAAAACUGCUCGGUGAGCCCACAGAAAGUUGGGAUACACUAAUUAUUUAUUUAGUUGUCUCUAAAUUAGAUUCCACCACCGAACGUGAGUGGGAGCAAUAUAAAUGCACUUUAUUACCAGUGUCGAACGAAAACAAAGCCGCGCUUAAGGUAGAUGAUUUGCUUAAAUUCAUUCGCGACCGCGCCGAUAUGUUAGAAACCUUAUUGGUUACGCACAGCCGGUCUAACACUAAUAGCACUUAUCCGCAGCAUGAUGCUAAAAAAUCAUACACUCAUAACGCGCACACGGCUCCAAAGGUUCACUGCAAUAUUGUUACCGAAAAGUCCGUCGCCAAAUCUCACUCCAAACAAACACCAAACAAAAAAUUAUGUUUUAUGUGCAACGGUAAACAUCCUUUGUACUCGUGUCAAGCAUUCAUUGAUUUAACUUUGCAAGAUAAAUUAAAAUUAGUUCGCGAUAAAAGUUUGUGUGAGAAUUGUUUACGAACAGGACAUACAUCCAGUGAAUGUCGAUAUGGCCCGUGUAGAAAGUGUAACAAAAAACACAAUUCCAUAAUUCACGAGGACGAGAAGGAAGGUGCCAGUGACAAGCGCUCCGUAGCAUUGCUGGCAACAGACAACGCAUCAAGGUCGCCCUCCUCCUCCUCCUCGAUCACUGAUAAUAAUAUCGCACACGCACAACACGUAUUGCAGGUAUCGAACGCACACAUAGACGAAGACGUAUACGCGCGAUUGUCUUCGAGGCGACCUGUAAUGUUAGCAACUGCCCUAGUCGAAAUUCCAGAUAAUUACGGUAAUUAUCAUAAAACGCGAGUGAUUCUCGACAAUGGGAGCGAAGGUUGUCUAAUUACCGAAGCGUUGUGUGACAAAUUAAAUCCGCAAUCGUUACAGUCCACUGAAGAAUUAAACGGUAUCAUGAAUUUAGCUACACAUAGUUCGCGAGUAUGUGAAAUCGAAAUAAAUUCACUUGUUACCAAUUUCAAGGCGCGAUUACAAUGUAGGGUUUUACCGCAAUUAACCUCAUCAUUGCCUACGUUUCCGAGCAAACGUAAUCAAUUCCGCAUUCCAGAUAACGUACGUCUGGCAGAUCCUAACUUUUAUGAAAGUCAACCCGUUGAGUUACUUAUAGGAGCUGACCUAUUUUGGGAGCUCCUCGAAGGUCAAGUUGAGAUAACUCGCUUAACAAACGGGGCAUUUUUAGUAAACACUAAGUUAGGAUGGAUUGUUUCCGGACCUGUUUCCUCUAAUACGCGCAACACGAAGCCUAUCAAUUGUAAUUUUACGCAAUCUCUUGACAAGCCAUCAUUAGAUAAUCAAUUACGUAGGUUUUGGGAAAUAGAGGAGGUGCAGGCAAACAACAAAUCGCACAAUUCGCGCAGCGAAGAGGAAAUUGCAUGCGAAGACCAUUUUGUCAAAACAACCACCCGUCUCGAGGAUGGUAGGUUUUGCGUGCAACUUCCUCUCAAAGAACCUCCCGAAUCUCUCGGUGACUCAUUCGCGCAAGCAAAAAGACGCUUUAUGUCGUUAGAAAAACGUCUCAGUCGCGAUCCUAUAUAUAAAGGCAUGUACAGCGACUUUAUAAAAGAGUAUCUCGCGUUAGGUCAUAUGAAACGAGUAUAUACCUACGGAACCCCUAACUACUUUCUGGCCCACCAUGGAAUUUAUCGUGAACAUGCACAAAAACACGUCUUAGAGUCGUUUACGACGCUAGCGCCCCCACGACCAGUGGCAAGUCGCUGAACGACAUACAACGCGUAGGUGCACCUAUUCAAGGCGAUUUGAUUGCCAUAUUGCUGAGAUUCCGCGAAAAUAGGUUUGUUGCAUGCGCCGACAUAGAAAAACAUUAUAGACAAGUUUUAAUUGACGAAUCUCAACGCGACUUACAACUUAUUUUAUGGCGCGAUAAUCCAUGCGACGACCUUGACAUAUAUCAGCUGAGUACCGUUACAUACGGCACGGCGGCCGCUGCCUUCCUCAGUUGCAGGUGUCUCAAACAGUUGGCGCUAGAAUGUAAUGACCCCGAAGUAGCUAGAACGAUUAGAGACGAUUUUUACGUAGACGAUUUGAUCUCUGGAUCGUCUACAAUUCCCGAAUUGCUACGAAUUUGUGACGAAACCGCGAAAGUUUUAAGUUCUGGUUGCUUCCCAUUACGAAAAUGGGUUUUUAACUUCGAUUGUACCGAUCAACGUUAUAAUGAUGAUACAUCAAAGGAAUUAUCAUUAGGCGAACACGCGCAUAGUAAGACUUUAGGUCUCGGUUGGUACAACAAAAGUGACGAAUUGUUCUAUCAUACGCGACACGAGUCAAAUCCUAAACCUGUCACAAAACGCAUAAUAUUAUCCACGGCAUCACAGGUUUUUGAUCCGCUCGGAUUAUUAAGUCCGAUGAUAAUUAUCGCUAAAUGUUUAUUACAACGGUUGUUUUUAUUAAAGGUGGAUUGGGACGCAGCGGUUCCCGAUGACGUCACGCAAGCCUGGCACCGCUUUGUAAACAAUCUAGCUAUUUUACCUAGCAUUCGCAUACCACGCCAUGUUAUGUGCAAUGACCAUAUAUGUAUAGAAUUGCAUAUAUUUUCAGACGCAAGCCAAUUAGCUUAUGGCACUUGCGCCUAUGUACGAACGAUUGAUGAUAAAUCAGCUGUUACCGUCCGGUUGCUAUGCUCAAAAAGUAAAGUGGCCCCAAUUUCGCCUCCGUUGAGUACGCCUCGAUUGGAAAUGUCCGCGUGUUUAUUGGGCGCUAAAUUAUAUAAUAAAAUAAAAGAAUCGUUCCGCGCAAAAUUCAACCGAGUAAUAUUUUAUACCGAUUCAACAAUUGCUUUAAGUUGGCUCCGAAUGCAGCCUAAUUUACUAAAACCUUUCGUUCAAAAUAGGGUUGCAGAAAUCCACGAAAUAACGAAAGAACAUUCGUGGCAUCACGUUAGCGGCAAGUGCAACCCGGCCGAUUUGGUUUCUAGGGGAGUACAGUUGGACGCACUUCGCACCUCCAGUCUCUGGUGGACCGGUCCCGACUUCCUUCAUGACAUUAAUUAUAAUGCUCAGAGUGUCGAUCCGUCAUUGUUGCUAGACGAGUCCCAGAUACCCGAACGUAAAACUAAUCCUAUGACUAGUCUGGUAUGCAACGACAAUAACAAUAAUAACCUAUUUACAUUCGACAGGUUUUCUCAGUUCAACCGUAUGCAACGCGCGGCCGCAUAUGUGCUUCGCUUCAUUCAUAACGCGCGCAAUAAAGAUGCACGUCGAACCGGUGCGCUCACUGUAGAUGAACUGAGGGAAUCUGAAAUAUUACUCUCGCGCUUAUCGCAAUUGGAGUCAUUAUCGGAUGUUCACAAUGUAUUGACAAAGAACAAAUGUAUCGCAAAGGGUUUCUUAGCCAAAUUAAAUUUGUUCAUUGACAAUAACAAGGUAAUUAGAGUCGGAGGACGGCUUACAAAUUCUUCUAGGUUUGAUUACGAUAAGAAACACCCGAUAUUACUUUCUAGUAAGCACCAUUUUACUGUUUUAUUGUUCCGAUAUGAACACAAAAGAUUAUUGCACGCAGGACCGCAGCAUAUAUUGUUCUCGCUUCGCGAGGCCUGGUGGCCUGUAAGCGGUAGGAAUUUAGCUAGGAAAGUGGUACACAGCUGUGUUGUUUGCGUUCGUUUUAAGGGUAAAACGCUAACUCCUAUUAUGGGUAAUUUACCUUCAGAGCGAUUAGAACCCGGGUUCGCGUUUGUCAAUUGCGCUGUGGACUACGGGGGUCCAUUCUACAUUUUAAACCGCAAAGGUCGGGGAGCCACAACUGUUAAGGCGUAUUUAUGUAUAUUUAUAUGCUUUGCUACACGCGCAGUUCAUUUAGAGUUGGUUACCGAUCUCUCUUCAGAUGCUUACCUACUGGCGUUGAAAAGGUUCAUUUCGCGUCGUGGUAAACCUUCAAAAAUAUAUUCAGAUAACGGACGGAACUUUGUAGGUCUUAUGAAUGAUUUUGCAAAGUUUUUAAAAUCAUGUUCAGGCGAAAUAAAAGAAUACGCGAAUUCGAAUAAAAUUGAAUUUAUUAUGACACCACCUUAUGCUAGUCAUUUUGCUGGUCUGGUUGAGGCUGGUGUUAAGAGUUGCAAGCAUCACUUGCGACGCGUGAUAGGUGAUGUUAAGCUAACUUACGAAGAGUUUAGCACGAUUUUGACUCAAUGCGAAGCUAUCCUGAAUUCCAGGCCUUUGAGUCCUUUGUCCUCAGACCCGCAAGACUACACCCCUUUCACCCCUGCUCACUUCCUCGUUGGACGUCCGCUGACAGCUCCUGCGUGCGCUGACCUCAACGACGCUCCCGUACACCGUCUGACACGAUACCAGCGAGUGGAGCAAAUGCGACAACAUUUCUGGGCCAGGUGGUCGAAGGAGUUCAUAUCCGAGCUGCAGGUCAGAACAAAGUGGACGAGAAAUAUGGACGACCUCAAGGUGGACACUCUCGUCUUGAUCAAGGAGGACCAUGCUCCGCCCCUCAAAUGGAGCUUAGGGCGAAUCACCAAGACUUUCCCGGGUAAAGACGGCGUCUCCCGAGUGGCCGAUAUCCGCACAUCCCGCGGCACUGUACGUCGAGCCUUUUCGAAGAUCUGCCCGCUACCUACGCAUGAUGACUAACUUCACCGUCUCAUUGGAAGUUGACUCUUCCAAGGCCGGGAGCUUAUGUUAAGGCAUACCUAAACCGCAUAGAAACUGGCGGCGGCCUGUGACCUUCAGCCUGGCCGCGCCUAGCGACCCGUGCGCUCAUCCCCGGCUGCGAUGCACCUACGUCACAUACAUGUUAUCGCGUCAUGUCACCAGCAGCCAAUGAGAGGCAUCCAUCGCGUAUAUGUCGUGAUCGGCAGCCAAUGGUGUAGCGGCUCGUCAUCCCUGCGCGCACCAAUGAAGACAGAGAAUGACACUCACAUUUUCGAUCUCUCACCGAACUACCACGUAGCUUAUACGUACUUAUUUUUUGCUCCUUUUAUAUAACGUUAAUUGAUUCAAAAACCAUGUAGAAAAAUUCCGAAUUAUAUAAUUAAUUCGAAGAA